AUGGAGCGUGUCCGCAAAAUAUGCACUCUAUGCAAGGUCGAACGGCAAUUUGAGCAUAGCACGAGACGCGAUACUAACUGCCCUAUUCUACGAACCUCGCGAGGGAAUGCCAACUCUCGUGCUCAGAACGGACGAAAGGUCUUCACUCAUGAUAUUACACGGACAAAUGUACCGCUAAAGAAGAGAAACACUCUUCGUAAGAAGAACAGAAGUGCUGCUACGAGUACACAAGGUGCUAUCAAUCCAAUAGAGCAACAGAUCACAGGCUUACAAAUCACAGUAAAAGACCGCUCUGCAACACGCCAGUCAAAAAAAGAAGUCCCUGGAGCUACAAAAUCCGCAUGGCUACAUACAUGGUUCAACAGGCUUCCCAUCACAACAUGCCCCAAGCCCCCCAUAUCACCUUCAUCAAGCACUUCUCUUCCCCCCCGAAAAGCCACCAACGUAGACUUAUCCCGUGUAGUCCCCUCCCACCGCACAGAAGAAUCACCCACUGCCCUACCCACGAACAUCACCCCAACAGCACCUAUCCCACACCGCACCCGCAUCCCCCCAGCCAUCAAAUCCAGCAGCACCCCGAACCUCUCCCGCCACUUUUCCCUCUCCAAAAAGUCCAACAACCCCAUGAAAAACACCACCCCUACUACUACUACUACUACCACCACCAUUAUUACCCCAUCCGCCCCAACAAAACUCCAAAAACGAGCCCCCGCAUCCCCUCGCCCCAGAUCGACCACAAUCACCACAGCCGCCACCAAAACAUACCUCUUCCCACCCCACCCCACCAGUACUGUCCUACGCCCUUGCCCAACCGCAGCUUCAGACUCCAACCCCACUUCCAAGCGCCCACAAACCCACAAUCCCGAUUUGCACCAAGAGCCGUCAAAGGAGCCAGUGGUAACGAGUGAUGGACGCAACAGCACUGCGUACCUGACUAUUGCCGCGGCGGCAGCGGGAGAAGAAGAAGAUGAUGAUGAUGAUGAAGGCGAGUUCGAAAUGAGUGAGACGAGGAGAUUGUUGUGGGAGUAUUGGAAUGUGCAGUGUAGGUUUUUGGUGGAGGAGUGGAUUGAUGAGUGA